AUGGCGAGGAUGGAAGUAUUCGAUGCUCAAAAGUCGUAUGAAGAUCCGAACCAUUUUGUGAUGUUCGAUAUGUGUACGAGACGCAACGAAACGUCUAAUUUAUCUGCGGUAUCAUUUGAACAACUCGGUCUAGCGUGGAGCAUUUGGAGUGAACCGGAUUGGAAAGUUUCAGGUCUUGUUCAUUCCCAAAUAUUGUAG